UGUUGGCGCGACCUCCCGGAAACUCUCUUGUACGGAGGAAGCAGAGCAGCUGUUUCCUCCGCUUCACAACAUGGAGGGUCUUUUUUAGUGGGAACAAUAAAAACAACCCAACUUACGACACGAUGACAGAUAUCGCAGUGUAACUUCCAGCGGGCUGAGGACGAAGCUGAGGGCGCUUCUGCAGAUUAUGAGAGUCGCAGAGACGCCACCUUUGUAAAACCGUGAAGACCGUCGUCAGAAAAUGGCCUGGUUCCAUCACGCCCUGCAAGAGGCAAGCCAGCAACAGCCGUCUUCCAUGAAGAAUUUUAUGGCGAAUAAUCACGCAUUCCUCGAAUCAAACCUCAGCGCAGUUGCACCAGCAGCUUCAUCCGAGGGUCCAAGCCUGCUUACAUCCUCCAUUACAGACUUCCCUCGUGUUUCACAGGAUGUGGUGCCCCCAAGCCUGGGACAGCUGUCAUGUACCUCUUCCCUCAACAUGAGGGGGAGCCACGAUCCUCUCCCUCUCUCUUAUGUGACUCUCCAGGAACAGAGAUGUGUAUUAAGCUGGUUUCUAGGCUGGGGUCCUCCGCAAAGAGAGCGCUUUUUACAAGACCUGAUUUCAAAGGCGGUACCAGGAAAAGUCUGUAGCUUAUUGGAGCAGCUCAAUACACUCCAGGUAAAAGACCGCCCACCCAAUAUUUUUGAGUGCCAGUUGAGACUGUGGACUCAGUGGUUCGAGUCAUGGAGUGAAGAGGAGAGAAAUGCUUUCUUGAACAGUCUGGAAGAGAAAGAUCCAACCUUUGUUUCCCAUUUCUACAGAGGACUGGCUAGUACUGUUGGAAGAGACUGAUGGCCUCUGUAACGGGGUCGGUUUUUUCUACUUGUAUAUUGUCACACAAAAAUUAUGAAAAAGGUGCAGAGAAAGGCACUCAGGUUGUUGACAGACUUGAGUUAUUGACAGACUUCAAUAAAAGGUUCCAGUCUUAGCCUACUUGCCAGUAUUAACCUGUUAAUGCCAGAAUGUCAACUAUAAAACAAGCUUUUAGGAGGUUUCGGUGGACAGAACAGUUGGACGACUCACUCACUUAUGAUCAUACUGGUCACAGAGAUUAAAAAAGGCAUCUUUUCCACUGUAGAGCCAAAUGGCUGCCAGGUCUGUACUGUGCUAUUCCACGCUGGUUCAAACUCGUGAGGCCUGUUACAGGUUUGUUUUCCAUCUGCUGUGCAGAACACAUUAGAUUCUGGCUGUCUCACCAACAACAGUCACUCGAUUUUGUGCUCUUGGAGUCUGUAUCCUCCAAACGGGUAUUGUUUUAGCAUCAGUUAGCUGGAACCGGGCUUGUACUGUGGUGGCUGGAACAUUUAACCUGCUAGCUAGCUUUACACUAUUAUCAGCCUAACCAGCAGCUCUAAACAGUACAGAACAGGUUCAAUUUCAGCUUUCUGUCACUCCAACUUCAGUCACUCGACUUUGCAAACACCAUGGAAAAGGUUUAGUUUUGGUUUCUGUCCUUCCAACUCCAGAUUUAGAAUUGAACCAAUGGGCAUAUUACAGAAAAUUCUGAAGUUAGGACAGAAGCCAUUACAGAACAACAGUUCUUAAGCCUAUAAUUUUAUUUUCAGAUAAGAAAACUGUAUUACUGCAACAUCCUAAGUUGCCAAAAUAUCCUAAAUCUUUUCUGUAAUAUGGCCCUGGGUUACCAAAAAGCUGGUAGCUUGCUAAGUAAGCUAAUGGUAACUAACUUGACUCUCCUAGUUAGCAGUGUUAUUUAACAAUUGGUGCUAGAUUUAUUGUGUGGUGUUUAUUAAAUAGUGGUUUGAAAAUAUUUUUUUAAAUGACUGUAAAAAUGAACUGAAAUCAUUUGAGUGUUGUUGGGGUUUCAGCUAGAACCAGUUAGUGAAUUGCUAAACCAUUACAUCAUUCUGUAUGAAGAAAACCAAGCUGAGCACGGUUUGUGAGUGUUCAGUAUCAAACUGUGUCUGUGUGGAAAUGCCACUGGAUUGGUUUCUCUAUGUGAUCAGAAUCAUUUGGGGGCCAAAGUCAUGCAGAGUGGUUUGAUGUGAAAUGACCCAUUGGGCUCAGUAGUAGAAAACCUGCUGUCUCAGAUUUCGGUGGUGUUGUAGAUAUAGCCAUGAACGCACAUGUGUCUGAGUUUUUGUAGAUGUAGAUAAUAAAAUAUGAGUUUAAAAAAAAACCUUGUUGUGGAUUCUUAAUGGUACCUCACCGGCAUGAAUAGAUUUUAAAAGAAAAAUCAUUUUACGUCCAGACAAUGUGUCAGGCAACAUAUUUAAAACCAUACCAUGUAGUAACUGUCAAUGAGGGAGCUUUUAAAGCUAUUAAACACUUCAGAAGUCUUGUUCCAAUCACCACCACUGUGAACAGUUCUGACUCUUGAAUGGUGCUUUUCACAUCAAACCUCACUGAAUGACUUUGUUUACAUCCUAACAGUUUAAUUAAACAGAUAAACUGGUGGAAUUUAAUAUGAUUUAAGCAUGUUAGGUGUUGGUUUGUUUGGGAUGGUGGUGAUGAAUAUCCAUCCUUCUGGAGCUAUAGGCAGUGUAAUGUAUUAUGACAAAACAUAUUGGUAUCCCAUUACCUCAGUAACUUCCGUCAGCUUGUGCACUGGUUACUCUCGCUUUAAAGGAAUACCUGAGCAUUUUUCAACCUUACUAUAUUAUGUAUUUUACACAAGCCGGUAUGAUAGUCAACAGGUUUUCUAUCAUUUCAUUACGUCAAAAUUACUGUUUGUGAUAAUCAGCCAUGUGCUACAGUGGUGUCAGAAUGUGUUUAGGUUUAAAAAUGCUAGAGGAUUCCUUUUAUUAAGAGUAAAUGUAUUGCUGUAUAGAAGACCGACCAAGGAUUCUUUCUGCCUGCUCAGUGAGACUUGUUCUCAACAGUGAUUUCAAUUUCUCAUUUUUUUACUUUAUAAACAAAAUGUAUCUAUUUGUAUUUUUGUUCUUUUUUCAUGAUGGGUGAACACAUUUUCUUAGAAGUUGAGCAAGACUGAUCGCACAGUACUGGGACCAUAAAGUCCAAACCUUUGUUGUACGUCUAUUUAUCCUCUGUGGUUUAAAGAUGGAAAUUGGAUUAAAUCACAGAAUGUCAGCUUUCUUCUGGAUGUAUUUUUAGGAGUUUCUCUGCUGUGGUUUUGGAAUUAUAGUGCUUGAGUCAGAGCCUGCAUUUUUAUGUGAGUAUAAAUAUUUGGACAGAAUAAAAAGUGUAUAUUA